AAAGAAGAAAAAGAAGAAGAUUUAUUAGCAUCUCCACCUUCUUAUACUUGCACUGUCUAUAAAGAAGGUUAUGUAAAAAUGAAAAAGGAAGUGGAGGUAGGUGGUAUGGAGAUAAAAAAUAUAAAAGUAUGGACUAAGGUCUUUUUUCGUUUACAAGGCACAAUGCUUCAAAUGUUUAAAAAGAGUUCUCAUACUAGUCCAUUUCAUACUAUAUCUAUGCUUAAAGCACGAAGUGGUAUUGCCUCUGAUCAUCUAAAAAAGAAUGUCUUGAGACUUAGGUUUGGUACAACUCAUGAACAAUAUUUAGUUAAUCCUAUAGGUGGUGAAGUAUCACAGAUUAUUUCUUGGUUUGAACACUUUCAGGCAUCUGCUAACAUUAGUCCUGAUCUUGAUCACCGAAGAAUGCCACGUGUUUUGACUAUUUCAAGAGGGAUGGGUAGAUAUCAAAGACAUCCUACAGUUACUCUACAUGUAGAUGACAUACAAGAAGUUGUUAUGCCACUUUUAGCUUAUCAAUCAGCUGCUGUCAUUUAUCAUAUACAGCAGCAGCAGCAGCAGCCUAGUUGUUUUCGAGGUAAACAAAUCACGUGAUAUCGCAUUUUACAAUCACCAUCACUAUCCCCGCAAUACUUGAAUAAUGUGUCCCAUUUGUAUAU